GAAGUGUGCCAAUUCAAAAUGGUGUCCUUAAUAAGGAAGUGAAGAAAUUAAUCCGAAGGGAAAAAAAACACGAAUAAAUCCACGAUUCCAACAGAUUGUCCUGUUUUUAUCAACGGGGACGCGUUUCGAAGGAGACCGGGAUCACUACGGGCUACGUUUUAUAAAGGUCAUGGGUGGCAAGAAACCUGUCUAGAUAAAGACUUCGUUAUCCCUUUGGAAGGCCCUCACUUAGCCGCGAUGCAUCGGACAGCCUAAUGCUCUGGGUCUCUACACAUCCUGUCAUGGACGGGGAGAAUUACCUGCACCCAGAGGGACCCCUACUAGACAGUCCGAUGUUCAGCCUGUCGAACCCUUCGCUUCUCCCCACAGCCAUGGAGAACCAUAUGUCUCCAUCUAGUUCGUGGGCCACGUUCUCCUCACAUCAGGCAACAUAUAACUUGCACUACCCUAUGCAAUCUGGAAACCAGCAAUAUUUUAAUACCACUUCAGAGAUGCCCAUGGAAACGUUCAGUCCGCAUUUCCAAGACGGGGAUUUAAACCUCACCAGCCAUGCGAGAAAUGGAGACUUUUCUCAGGACCUUUCGUACAUUGAGGAAUUUUCCAACAACUCCCUGUUCUCUUCACCCACCGACUCCCUGUCUGAGUACGCCGAUAACCAAGGCUUCCUCAGCUCAGACAGCCUGAACCAAGUGCCAACGAUAUGGGACGUGAACACGCCGUCGCAGCCCCCCGAGCUAAACCCCAGCAGGUUUCAAGGUAUAAACAGUUUGGAAGAACUCUCCGCCAUCAUCAAUGCUCCUCCUCUCGGAGGCUACCAGAUACCUCCUCAGCCAGUAGUGGAGGAGGAAGAGGAGGUUGAUAAUGAAGAGGCAGAGGAGCUGGGACACGCAGAGACCUACGCAGACUACAAACCAUCCAAAUCUACGAUAGGAAACUCUCACCCAGAUAUCGUGGUUGAAACGAGCACAUUAUCCAGCGUACCCCCUCCGAAUAUUACAUAUACAGUCUCCAUCCCUGACAGUACAAUAAACAACGGGCUACUCUCUGCACUGCAGCUGGAAGCUAUCAUAUAUUCAUGCCAGCAACAUGAGGUGAUUUUGCAGAAUGGGCAGAGAGCAGGCUUUCUGGUGGGGGACGGAGCCGGCGUGGGCAAGGGCAGGACCAUGGCAGGCAUUAUUCUGGAAAACUUCUUAAACGGAAGAAAGAAAGCCCUGUGGUUCAGUGUCUCCAAUGAUCUAAAGUACGACGCAGAGCGAGAUCUCAAAGAUAUUGACGCUCCAAAUAUCCCUGUGCAUGCCUUAAACAAGAUUAAAUACGGUGACACAGCUACCUCAGAAGGAGUGCUGUUUGCGACAUACUCCGCACUGAUUGGUGAGAGCCAGGCAGGGGGGCAGCACAGAACAAGACUAAAACAGAUCCUGGACUGGUGUGGGGAGCGAUUUGACGGAGUUAUUGUGUUUGACGAGUGUCAUAAAGCCAAAAACGCCACGUCGACAAAAAUGGGCAAGGCUGUUCUGGACCUUCAAAACAAACUUCCUUUAGCAAGGGUGGUCUAUGCCAGUGCCACAGGUGCCUCCGAGCCAAAGAACAUGAUCUACAUGAGUCGACUGGGGAUCUGGGGGGAUGGCACCCCCUUCAGGACGUUCGAGGACUUCCUCCACACCAUUGAGAAAAGGGGUGUGGGUGCGAUGGAGAUCGUAGCCAUGGAUAUGAAAGUGAGCGGGAUGUACAUCGCCCGGCAGCUCAGCUUCGCUGGCGUCUCCUUCCGGGUAGAGGAGAUCAGCCUGGACAAAGAGUACAUGUUGGUCUACAACAAAGCAGCACGUCUGUGGGCUGAAGCCCUGGCUGUGUUCCAGCGAGCCGCUGACCUGCUGGGGUUGGAGUCGCGGAAGUCCCUGUGGGGUCAGUUCUGGUCGGCACACCAGCGAUUCUUUAAAUACCUCUGCAUAGCAGCCAAGGUGCGCCGCCUGGUGGAACUGGCAAACGAGGAGCUGGCCAAGGGCAAGUGCAUCGUGAUCGGUCUGCAGUCCACUGGGGAAGCUCGAACCCGGGAGGUCCUGGAUGAAAAUGAGGGGCGCCUGAACCGAUUUGUGUCUGCGGCAGAGGGAGUGUUUCAGUCGCUGGUACAGAAGCAUUUUCCAACUGAGAAAAGAAAAAGGGAGAAGGGGCCGGCAAAUAAAAGGAAACGUAAACCCAAGGGGCGUCAGACGAAGUUCCUGAAGCACUGCACUGAGAUUGGGGGUGUGAUCAACAUCAGCGAUGACAGCAGCACAGAGUCCGACGUCAUGGACAGCGACUCGAACUCCUCCCCUGACUCCCUCCUCGACAACGAUGACGUCAUUUUUGUCGACCACAUUAACUGUUAUGCUGCAAAACUACAAGAAAUGAAGCAAGACCUUCUGAGUAAGAUUGCAGUGCUGGGACAAGAACUACCUCUGAAUACCCUGGAUGCGUUGAUAGACAAGUUGGGCGGACCUGAUUGUGUGGCAGAGAUGACCGGGCGGAAGGGCCGCGUGGUGCGGAUGUCGGACGGCAGCGUGCGCUACGAGUCUCGAGCCGAGCAGGGCCUGUCCAUCGACCAUGUGAACAUCAAGGAGAAGGAGCGCUUCAUGUCAGGAGAGAAAUUUGUAGCAAUAAUCUCGGAAGCAGCCAGCUCUGGGAUCUCAUUACAGGCUGACAGGCGGAUAAAGAAUCAAAGGCGAAGGGUGCACAUGACCCUGGAGCUGCCCUGGAGCGCAGACCGAGCCAUUCAGCAGUUUGGUCGGACUCACCGCUCCAAUCAGGUCAAUGCCCCUGAGUAUAUCUUUCUGAUCUCCGAGCUGGCAGGGGAGAGGAGGUUUGCGUCCAUCGUCGCCAAGCGGCUGGAAAGUCUGGGUGCCUUAACCCACGGAGACAGAAGGGCAACUGAGUCGAGGGACCUGAGCAAAUACAACUUUGAAAACAAGUAUGGUACCAGGGCUCUGGAUAAGAUUAUUAAAGCCAUUAUGGGCCAGAUUGAGAGCAAGGUGCCAACUCCAAAAGGUUAUCCCGGUGGAGAUGCCUUGUUCUUUAGAGACAUGAAGCGAGGACUGAUGGACGUGGGCAUUUUCUGCAGAGAACCCCGAUUUGGAGUCGGCGUUGAGAAAGACUGCAGCAUCACAAAGUUCCUGAACCGCAUUCUUGGGCUGGAAGUUUACAAGCAGAACUCCCUCUUUCAGUACUUCAGUGACAACUUUGACUAUCUGAUCGAGAAGGACAAGAAGGAGGGCAAAUACGACCUGGGAAUCCUGGACUUGGCUCCAGGGAACGAUGAGAUCUAUGAGGAAACCCAGGAAAAGUUCCUCACUCCAGGAAACCCUCAGGAUGGGCAGGUGGUGCUCUAUAAGAUCACCGUAGAUCGAGGCAUGAAGUGGGAGGAAGCAAUGAGCAAAUUCGAAAAGCUGACCGGACCUGAUGAUGGCUUCUAUCUCUCAUACAAGUUGAGGGGAACUUACCCCAACGCCCUCCUGGCAGAACAAGGCCGCGGGAAAAACUUCAACCUGUACAAAGCGAACAUUGGGAAACAGGUCCAGCACGAGAGCUUGGACAACCUCUUCAAGAGGUACCGCAAGGUGAGCCCAGAAGAAGCCAAAGAUGCCUGGGAAAGUCAGUACAGUUUCUCCCGCCGGAAGUGCAGCCACGCCACUUGGAACGGGGAGUGCAAACUGAUCAGAGAGGGGAAGGAGUGCUGGCAGGGCAUGCGGCUGCGGCAGUACUACAUGCUGUGCGGGGCGCUGCUGCGCGUCUGGAAGAAAGUGGCCGACGCGGUUUCUGACAUCACCAGCUCCAGCAUCCUGCAGAUCGUCCGACUGAAGACCAAGCAGCACACGAAGCAAGUUGGUAUCAAGAUCCCGGAGAGCUGCAUUGCCCGCGUGCGGGAAGAGCUGACUCAAAUGAACGAGGCGUUGAGGAGGAAAAUUGAGGAGCGCCAAGAGAAGGCCCGUCAGGAGGAGAGGGAGCGGCUGACGAAGGACUUCCUUGAGAAACUCUACACCGCUAACCCCAGCGUAUCUGACUCCCCCGCCUCCUCCACCCAGCCCCUCGACCUCUCCCAAACCCAACCCAUGGCCCUCCACAACCACUACAGCCACAGCCUGGACGUCCUGGACCUCACCAUCAGCCCCAUCCCGCUUCAGGACAGUAGCGCGGGGCUGGGGCUGGGGCUCGAACCCACCAAGGGCAGCGGCUCCUCCAGCUCCUCAAGCACUGCCCCGCUGGGAGAGUUCAGCCUGGAGUCUCUCAUCGCGCAGCCCCAGCAGCAGCAGUUGCAGUCCAGCCAAGUCAGCCUCUUUCCAAGCUUCUCGCUUGAUUCCACCCUGGGCCUCCGCCAGUCCUACCAACUACCCAGCCAGCUGGCUAUCUCUGACAGUACUGCUGCCCCUGCCGCUGCCCCUGCCUGUCCUAGUUCUGUUUCUUCCACGGCUUCCUUGUCAUUGUCGUCGUCUUUGCAGCAGCAGCCAGGCUUCUUGCAGACUCCCCCACUGUCCAACGGGCAAAGCGAACUGGACGCCAUCAACUUCCGCGAGGUUCUAGAUAGUAUGUUUCGGACCACCCAGGAAAGCCAGCGUCAGUCUGUCAUUCAGUACGGGUUGAUGCCUUUCUGGGAUGACGAUUAAUGCACA